GCCGUAUCCAGGGGGUGGGCUUUUGGGCUUAAGCCCCCCCCGAAAUCUCAGGAAAAAUAUUUUUUUAGUAAUGCGUUAUGCGUAAUGGGUUCAUAUCACAGAACAAUAUCAUAUUAUCGUUCAUGUCAUAGUAAUAAUGUUGACGACCUUUUAGUAUAUUAUGGUUGUGGUGACGCGGUAGUCUUAUCACCACGUCUUACUCACUCCGCUCGCGUUACCGCGCUAUACGCGCCCCAUGAUAAUAUAUUGAUAACAAUAAUCUUAUUCGUGAUAUCACAAAUUGUUUUAUAAUAUAAUCUGUGGUGAUACGUGGUGAUACCAUCAUAAAAUAAUGCAAUACUCCAAUAUACCUACUAUCAUUAAUUAUCAACAUCAAUUUGUGGCUUUUUGCUUUUUAGUUUUUACUUUAUAUUAUAUUUAGUGAAGUGUGUCAGUUUUAUUAGUUUAUAAAAUGAAUGAAAACGAAAAUGAACCUAAGAGAAAAAAAACCAAAACAUUGUAUUCAUACUUUAGUUCAAAUGUAACUACUUCUGCAAAUAUUUGCAUCAAUGAACAGGAAUCAAACCCAGUGACCAAUAAUUAUAAAUAUGAUAUUGGCACUCAUAUUAAGAAAAAUAAACCAGAGCGACUGAAUGAUUUAGAGUUAGCUGAUGUUUUAAAAAACUUAUGGAAACCUGACAACACUUAUAAAUUUGAGGCAAAAACAUUUGGAAGUCAGUCAAGAAUGUUUAAUUUAUCAUGGUUGGAAAGGUGGUCUUGGUUAGCAUUUUCAAACAUUGAAAAAGGUGCAUUUUGUAAAUAUUGUGUGUUGUUCUAUAAAAGUGAAUAUGCUGGGAAAGGCAUGCAUUCUCCACCUACAUCUUUAGUCACUCAACCUUUUUGUAAUUGGAAACAUGCUAUUAGUAUCUUCAAUAAUCACCAGAACAAUGAGUAUCACAAGUUUUCUAAACUAAAAGCUGUUGAAUUUUCAAAAAUAAUUGAUCAAAAACAAAAUGAUGUAAUUGUUCAAAUGCAUAAAAGAAAUGAAAAGGAGAUUAAAAAUAAUAGAGAAGUUCUAAAAACAAUAAUUAAAACAAUUGAGUUAUGCGGAAGGCAAGGAUUAGCUCUUAGAGGUGGACAUGAUUUUGGUGAACUUAGUCUAAAUACUCCAAUAAAAAAUGAUGGUAACUUUAGAAGCUUAUUACGCUAUCGAAUUGAAAGUGGUGAUAACUUAUUAUUAAAUCACAUUCAGAACUGUAACAAGAAUGCUUCUUAUAUAAGUGCUAAUGUUCAGAAUGAUAUUGUUUCUGUUAUUUCUGAAUAUAUGCAGCAUUACAUUUGUGACAAAAUACGAAAGGAAAAAUACUUUACAAUAUUAGCUGAUGAGACAACAGAUAUAAGCCAUGUUGAACAGUUUUCAUUAUGUAUACGAUACUUAGAAAAAAGUUCAAAUUUUGAAAAAGAUAAUACAUAUAUAAUAAGAGAAGAUUUUCUACAAUUUGUUCCUGUCCAUAGUACUGUAGGAUCUGAAUUGGCCAACACUAUUAUAAGUACUUUGACAUCUUUAGGACUAAAUUUAAAAAAUGCUCGAGGGCAAGGGUAUGACGGUGCAGCAAACAUGAGGUCUGCAUUUAGAGGAGUUCAAGCAGUUAUAAUGAAACAAUUUCCAAAAGCACUAUACACGCACUGUUUUGCUCAUUGUUUAAACUUAUGUCUUAACGAUGCAUCAAAAGUGCAACAAGUGAGAAAUGCUCUGGGUGUUGUACAGGAAGUAAGUGCAUGUUUUCGUGCAUCAGCUAAACGGUCAACUGUACUACGGAAAAAAUUAGAAUCUAAAUCCUUUUCUGGGUUGAAAAAAUUUUGCGAGACUAGAUGGGUAGAACGACACGAGUCAAUUUUAAUUUUGGUUGAAGGUUUUAUUGAAAUAAUUAGUGCAUUGGAAGAACUUAUGUCAAUAGAACAUGAUAAAGCAGUUUUUCCAUUACAUAAAUCUAUGUGUAAUUUUAAUUUUAUUAUAACUAUCUGUAUUUUGGAAAAGGUCCUUGGAAUAACUUAUUUUAUUUCAAAAUAUCUUCAAACAGAAAAUAUUGAUUUAUCCAUUGCAAUAGAAUCUGUAGAAUUGACAAUUCAAAAAUUACAAGAUUUACGGACGGAAGAAACUUUUUUUUCUAUAUUUCAUCGUGCUUGUGAAAUCGCAAAAGAAGUUGGUACAUCACCAACCAUACCAAGAGUAGUCGGGACUCAAAAACAUCGAGAAAAUUAUGCCAUACUCAAUAAUGACCAUGUCUCUUACUACAGACAAUCAUUAUAUUAUCCAUAUUUAGAUGAUAUUUUAGCAUCAUUUAAUGAACGUUUUAAAAUGAACUCUAAUAUUUUUAUUUCUUUAUCUUCUUUAUUACCAAGCAAAAUUGGUAAUUUAUCAUUUAGUGAUAUACAGCCAGCUAUUGAUUUUUAUGAAGAAGAUUUAAGAUCUAAUAACCAAAACAUUCACAUGGACUUAUUAAAAAAUGAAUUUGAAUUUUGGAAGCAAAAAUGGUCUAAUGAAGAAAAUAAUUUACCAAAAAAUGCAUUAGACACAUUAUCAAAAUGCCCCGAAGAUUUAUUCCCACAUAUAAAUAUUUUAUUAAAACUUCUUGCUAUUUUGCCUGUAUCAACGGCAUCGGUUGAAAGAAGUUUUUCUUCUUUAAAAAGAAUCAAGACCUAUUUAAGAAACUCUACCGGUGAGGCAAGAUUAAACGGAUUAGCUCUUAUGAAUAUCCACAGAGACAUACAAAUUGACACAGAUGCUAUUUUAAAUAUGUUUGCGUCUAAAAAGGAAAGGCGUUUAGAUUUUAAAUUGUGACAAUUUAAUAAUGAAUGCAUAAUACAUUAAAAACUAUGUGUAUAUAUUA